AUGGAUAAUAAAGAACAUUUAUAAGAUUUUUUAAUUAGACUUGCUAAAAUUUUGUAAGAAUAAGAAUUAUAAAGAUAAUAAUAAUAAAAUUAAAUAGAAAAAAAUGAAGAUAUACAUGAAUCUAAAGAAUAAGAUAAAUAAAAUCAAUAAAGUUAAAAUGAUUAAUAAGAUAUUCAAGAAUAAAAAGUAGAGUUGUAAUUUAAUGAAAAAUAAUUUCAUGAAAACAUUGAUGAAUUGAUUAAUAAUGGAAUUACUUAAUAAGAUAGUGAGAAUAUUCUUGGUUAAUCCUAAAAUACUGAAAAAAUUAAAGAGGAAAAAGUAGUAGCUUAAAAAGAAAAAAAAAAUAAUGAGGAAAACAUGGAAGAGAUUUAAUAAGAAAAACAAUAAAAUGAUGAACAGGAUGAAGAACCUGAAUUAGAAGAGGAAGUUCUAAAACUUAAAAAAUUAUAAUAAUCUAAUAAUUUUAAAAAAUAUUUUAUUAGAAUGGAAAAGGACUUUAAGUUCAUUUUUUAAAGCAGUUUUCGAAUUAAUUUAUAGUUAUAUAAUGUCUUUAUUUCCAUUUUGGCCUGUAGGUUUAUAUCAAUAAGAAUGAAUUAAUUAAAUAUAAAUUAUUAUAUAAAUUAAUUGAUGGAUGCUAAAAGCUCUUAAAAUAUGAUGCUCAACAUGAGAGAAUAAUUUAGAUAAGAAAUAAGAAAGAAAGAUUAAGAAUCUUUUUUUUAAAGGAAGAGAUUAAAUUUCUAGUAAUCAUCUUAAUUACCUGAUAUUUAAUUAGAUUAAGCAAUCCCUUAAAUAAAAGAAUGUUUAUUAUAAAAAAAUUUAAUACAAUUAGGAUUACUUCAUUAAGUAGUUUUUAAAUUGAUAAAUGAUAAUGUAUAAAAUGAAGUUUACUUUUUAAAUAACUAAUAUUUAGAACUCUCAAUAUAAUCUAUUUAAUUUGGUUCAUUGAUAUGCUAUUAAGUAUUAACAAAUUUAUGUUUAAAUCCUUUAUAUCCAAAUAAUCCAAUAAGUUAGGUAUUGAUUACAAAAGCAGUGAAUUUAAUAGGUCAAGUAAAUUUAUAGUUCGAAAAUGUAAAAUAUAAUAGUAUAUUAGUAAAUAUAAGUUCGUUCAUAGGUUCAAUAAAAUUUGGAUCCAAAAAUUAGUUAAGCAAUAGAAAUGGAACAAAAUAAUAAGUUUAAGGAAAAUCUAGAGAAUUAAUAUAAAUUUAUAUUCUUUUUUCUAGGAAACAUUAUAUCAUAAUAAAAAUUGCAAUAUUUGAAUUUGCUUCCAAAUUUACUUUAAAUUGGAUCUAUUGCAGAAGGAUAAUUUUUAACUAGUGUAAUAUUUUUAUUAAAUUCUAUUAUUGAGCAUUAAUAAAUUGAUUCUAAUUAAAGAUAUAUUGGUUUAAAGAUUAUUGUUCAAGCUUUAAGAAAAGAAUAAUGUGAAGAGUAUUUAAUGCCAUUAGGUAAUUUAUAUAAUUCUCAAUUUGAUGAAUUAUUGUUGUAAUCUAAUGUAUUUGAAACUAUUAUUAAUCAUCAUUGUACAAUGGUAGAUAAAUGUUUAGCCAUAAUAAAGUAGUUUACACUUUCAGAUUCUUUAUUAGUUGCGCAUGUAAGAAAUAUAUUAAUAUAAGAAAUUAUUGGAUUUAAAAAUUUUAGAUAAGUUAUUAUAAAAUUUAAAUAACAAAUCAUAAAGUAUUAGAAAAGAGAGUUACUUAAUUUUAUCAAAUUUAAGUUUUAAUGAUAAUAAUGCUGCCUUAAAAAUUAUUAAUCAUCCUAUACUUUUUAAGAUUAUAGAAAAUAUUAUAGCAUCAACUAACGAAAAGAGUUAUUGUAUGAGUGUAAUUUUGAAUUUAUAAGCAACAGGAGAUGAGAUUGUAUCAAAAAAGUUGUUAGAUAUAGGAUUUAUAUAAAUAAUUUGUAGUUUUUUAGAUAUUAAUGAAGUUGGUUUAAUUAAAUAAUUAUUAGAUUCAAUUUUAAGAUUAUUAUUGAUUUAAAAUGUAAAGGAAUAAUUAAGAUAAUAUAAUUUUAAAAUAAAAUUAGACAAGAUUUUAUAAGAUUUUGAUGAUAAAAUGAUUCAAGAUUUACAUGGAAAGAUAAUUUAACUUUUGUGA